AAGACAAGCAACAAACCCGCGAAUCACCCACCGAACUUCCUUGCUUCUUCACUUUUCUUAACCGUUCUCUUUGAGUUUCAGUUAUGAGUAAUUAUUAAUAAAUUAAUUAAAAUUCAUAAAUCCUCCCAAAAUUUCCCCCUUUCUUUCUACCGAAUUUCUUCUUGGAAAGAGAAAAUAAAAACCCUAAUCCAUCGUCGCCAUUGACCUUUCCUCUUUUCCUUGUUAGUCUCAAGGCUUGUUCUUGUUGUUCAACUUUGAAAAAUCUCGAGUUUUGAUUUAGAAUUUGACUGAAGAAACGAAAAUGAAAAGCAAUGCUUUGAUCCAAUUGAGUGCAGUGCGUCUCCUCUCUUCGCCAUGAGCGACUCCAACGUCUCUUCCUCUUCCUCUGAUUCUGCUUCCACCGCCACCGUCGAUCGGAAUGUAGGGAGGAGUCAGAGAAUUAUAGAUGGUGGGCAAACGUUUUCUCCAGAUCUGCGUCAUUGGCGUGAUGUUUUCUGGUUAGCCAUAUUUAUAAUUCAUUUGAUUGGGUUAGGAUUUGUGCUCGCGGUUCUUGGGCUCAAUAGGUUUAAGAAAUUAGAUAGGCUAAACAUUGAUAGAUACACCAACCGAGUUUGGGAGAAUAAUAAUGGAUUGACGGAGAAUUAUUGGCCCAAGUAUGCUGUUGCUGGUGGGGUUGGGACCGCUCUUGGAUGGACUUGGUUGUUGUUGCUCGGUUCUCGUGCCAACCAAAUGAUGAAGGUUUCGGUUCACAUUUUGACGACUUACCUUGCUGUGAUUAGUGUCUUAUGUUUUUGGUGCAAACAGUUUUUCUGGGGUGUGGCAUUUGCAACUGGUGCCGCACUGCAGUUCUUGUAUGUUAUUUCAGUUAUAGACAGACUUCCAUUCACAAUGCUGGUCUUGCAAAAAGCUGUAAAGCUGGUAUGGAGUCUUCCUGAAGUUAUGAGAGUAGCAUAUGCAUUUAUGGUAGUCAUGCUUUUAUGGAUGGGUAUAUGGUCCUUCGGAGCAGCUGGUGUUGUGGCUUCAAGCAGGGGUGACCUUGGACGCUGGUGGCUUCUUGUGGUUCUCUCUGUGAGCUUAUUUUGGACAGGUGCUGUUCUCUGCAAUACUGUACAUGUUAUAGUGUCUGGUUUGGUUUUUCUCAUUCUUAUUCAUGGUGGCCAAAAUGCUUCAUCAAUGCCUCCCAACUCAUUGAUGAAAUCUCUACGAUAUGCUGUGACAACAUCUUUCGGAAGCAUUUGCUAUGGGUCACUUUUCACAGCUGCUAUCCGGACUCUGCGAUGGGAGAUCAGGGGAUUCCGGUCAAAGAUAGGCAACAACGAGUGUUUGCUGUGCUGUGUUGAUUUUUUGUUUCAACUUGUGGAGACCCUUGUUCGAUUUUUCAACAAGUAUGCCUAUGUCCAGAUAGCUAUUCAUGGUAAAGGCUUUAACCGAUCAGCAAGGGAUGCCUGGGAGUUAUUCCAGUCAACUGGAGUUGAAGCCCUAGUUGCCUAUGAUUGUUCUGGUGCUGUUCUGCUGAUGGGUACUGUUUUGGGUGGGCUUAUCACUGGAACUUGUGCUGGUGUCUGGACAUGGAUUAAUUGGAGGGACAGGGUGAUCAUGGUGGGGUCGACUGCAAUGUUGAUGGGAAUGGUCUUGGUGGGUCUUGCGAUGGUCGUUGUGGAAAGCGCCGUGACAUCUAUAUACGUCUGUUAUGCAGAAGACCCUUCCUUGAUCCAAAGAUGGGAUCCUCAGUUCUUUAACCAAAUGUCGGAGACACUGCACCAGCGUCUUCAACAUAGGAGUGCACGAGCCAGGGAAGUAUUGUCUCACAACCAGCUCGAUGGCCACAUGCAAGAUACAUGCCCUCUUUAAAUUAUUCUUCCAGGUUCCAAAUAUGUUUUCUCUUUUGUCUUUGUUACAAGUUGCAACAGGUAAUUUGGGUUUUGUAGAGGGAUACUCGUAUUGUUUGGAAAUGGAUUGUAACAUUCACAUGCCUAAUAAAAAUGCAAAGAAGUUUUUACUUGUUCAAAGAUUUA